UCGAUGUGCGCGUUGUGUCCGGCUGACGACGGAAUCGGAAUUGAAAGCGUUUAAUUUGUCAUGUUCGCGGCUGAUUUGUGACCUUUCGUUUACGUAAAUCGCCGCCUCAGAACUCAACUAGAGAUGACUGGGCUUCAUGUGACUGCUUGAAACAGCACAUACCAAGUUCCUGUUUCUGAGGAAUUUCGGAUCUGAUUCUAAAGGAGGGAGGAUCCACACAAGAUGGAUUCGGAAGUCAUCAGCGAUGGCAACGAUUCCUCCAACUCCAAUGACUUCCUUCCGGAAGGCAUUGGCAGCGACGUCUCUCUCUCUCCUGCCUCUGGCUCAAGCAGUUUGCCCGACUUCAAUUUUGAUGACAGCAACUCCACCCCAGAUGAUGAUGAUAGCAAUGACCAGAUGUCAACAGACAGUGGCAGUGGGGACAAAGACGAAGAUGGCAAUGACAAUAAUGGCACUGGUGAUGGUGUCACUGAGGACAGCACCACUGUGAAGGCUGGGAGUGCACCCCCGCUAGCUGAGGGUGCAGAGGGCGACGCAAACCUCACCCUGUCCUUCCUGAGUGUGCCUGAUGACAUCAAGCCUGCUGGGCCACAGCCGAAAGGGAAGAGGAAAAAUGUGCCCAGGGACAAGAGCAAACUCCCAGCAGGGCCAAAGAGGAAGAGACGGAAGAGAGGGCAAGCGGAAGGCGAGGAAGAGAGCAAUGGAGGAGACGAGGCAGAAGCGACGGAGGAGAAGCAGAAAAGAAAGAGCAAACCAUUUCACCGGAGGAGAAAUAUUAAGAAAUUUUUGACACAUGGGGAGCUGACGGCAGACACAUUGACAGCCCAGCAAGAAGAGGAAGAGAGACGUAAACGACUGGAGGAACAGAAAAAUGCUGCAGCUCUGAACGGAGCAUUCGCAAUUCCCCCGGAGCUGAUGGAGAUCUUGAGCCCACAACCGGCCCUGGACGGCAGUGAGGCGGUGCCCGCACCAGUGGGAGAAGCCAAGGCAGCCGCCGAUGUCAGAGCGACAUCGACCACGGCUGCACCGGUGGCUGACCAGAGUGAGGAAGAGUGCAUCAUCUUAGGAAGCAGUAGCGAGGGAGAGGAGGAGUUGGCUAGGAAGAAGCCCGGACUGAGCUGCGACGUAGCGGCACAGAAAAAGGACGUGAUUGAGAUUUCCAGCGACGACGAUGCGGUGACCAUUUUGAGCGAUGACGACGAGGCCGAGGAGGGGGAGGAGAUGGAAGAGGUGGGCGGGAUGCACACCAAUGAUGCCCUGAACCAGCCGGACAUCUUCGGCCGGGUGCUAGUCAACGUCAACAGGCCGCAGGAUGAGGAGGAGAUCUUCCUGCCACCGCAGAUUGCCAAAAACAUCAAGCCCCAUCAGAUUGGAGGCCUCCGUUUCCUGUACGACAACCUGGUGGAGACCCUGGCCAGGUUCCGCACGACCCCGGGCUUUGGCUGCAUCCUGGCCCACAGCAUGGGCCUGGGCAAGACGCUCCAGAUGAUCGCCUUCAUCGACGUCUUCCUGCGACACACCGAGGCCAAGACGGUUUUGUGUAUUGUUCCCAUCAACACAAUACAAAACUGGGUGGCAGAAUUCGACAUGUGGUUGCCAGAACGCCAUUCCAAUGGUGUGGCAGUGGAAGAUGAGAUGAAGAGCAAGAAGAGAGGUUCCGUCCGGAGGUCCAAAGCGGACGAGGGCGCUUCAAACAGUGGCUUGAAAUUGCCACAAGAUGCCGAAUUGGGCGAGAGCAUGCCCUGGCCAGGGGAUGGCAACAGUCGGGGAGACCCAUCGACUCCACCGGACAAGUUGCUGGAGAAUGAAGACGCUUUGUCCUGCAAUGGUCAAGCGUCAUCAUCGUCCACAUCAAAAUCUUCCCCACCAGUUGAUGGGGACGAGAUAACAGAGGACACCAUGUACAGACAGUUUUCGCUGUAUCUCAUGAACGACAGCUAUCGAACGAUGAACGCACGACACCAAAUCAUUACCAACUGGUACAAGACAGGCGGCGUGCUCCUGAUGGGCUACGAGAUGUACCGUCUCCUCAGUCUCCGUGGCGCCUCAACCUUAAGCUCCUCCUCCUUCUCAAAGCACCUGGCCAGCAAGAAGAAGCCGAGCAAGCGGAAGAAGAAGCAGGCCACAGCAGCCGGCAACGGCGAACCCGAGAUCAUCGACCUGGAGGAGGAGGACAGGAACCUGCUGAUGGCGGAGGGCUUACACCGGGCACUCUGCCGGCCAGGACCCGACCUGGUGGUGUGCGACGAGGGGCACCGGAUCAAGAACAUCCACGCAGGAAUCUCCCAGGCACUCAAGAACAUCCGAACCAGGCGACGAGUGGUCCUGACCGGGUACCCGCUGCAGAACAACCUACAGGAGUACUGGUGCAUGGUGGACUUUGUGCGGCCAAACUUCCUGGGAACGCGACACGAGUUUGCCAACCUGUUCGAGAGGCCCAUCCAGAACGGCCAGUGCAUAGACAGCACGUUCAAGGAUGUCCAACUGAUGCGUUUCCGAGCCCACGUCCUGUACAGCCUCCUGGAGGGUUUCGUCCAGCGCCGCGGCUUUUCCGUCCUGCACAGCACCCUCCCGCCCAAGAACGAGACCGUGCUACUGGUCAGGCUGACGCCCUUCCAGCGCGGCCUGUACAUCAAGUUCAUGCAGUCCUUCACCGAGAUGGGGGCCGGGGGAUGGUGCUCAGCCAACCCACUCAAGGCGUUCUCCGUCGGAUGUAAGAUUUGGAAUCAUCCGGACAUCCUCUGCGAUGUCUUGCAGAAGCGAGACGAAAUGGCUGACCUGGACACUGACUUAGAUCUCCCCGAAACAUCCUCCAGCAGGUGUUCCAAGAAAGGUAAGAAGGACAGUUCCAAGACAGGCAAGAGAACCGCCACAAAGGCUCCUUGUGAAGCCAAGAAGGAGGAACCCUGUCUGACUGCGGAGCCAGCCGUUGAGCAGUCGUACCAGGAGAAAGUCAACCAGAUCAUCUCGUUUGAGUGGGCACGGGACAUAAUGAAGAACUACCAGCCAAACAAGCUGUGCAACGGCGGGAAGAUGGUGCUGCUCUUUGAGAUCCUGGAGGGCUGCAUCAAGCUGGGUGACCGGCUAUUGGUCUUCAGCCAGAGCCUGAGCACGCUGUCGCUAAUCGAGCAGUUCCUGGCCGAGAGGACCAUGCCCACUCCGCCCGAUCCCCCGCCCGACCACGACGGAAAGUGGGUCCGCAACAAGACCUACUUCCGCCUGGAUGGCAGCACACCAGCAUCUGACCGUGAGAAGAUGAUCAAUCAAUUCAACGAUGACAACAACAGACAUGUUUGGCUCUUCCUGCUGUCAACAAGGGCCGGCUGCCUCGGGAUCAACCUGAUCGGCGCCAACCGCGUCAUCGUCAUGGACGCCUCCUGGAACCCCUGCCACGACGCCCAGGCGGUGUGCCGCGUCUACCGCUACGGCCAGACAAAGCAGUGCCAUGUCUACCGCAUGGUGACCGACAACACGCUGGAGAAGAAGAUCUACGAUCGGCAGAUCAGCAAGAAGGGCAUGUCAGACCGUGUAGUGGACGAGCUGAACCCCGAGAUGAACCUCACCAAGAAGGAGGUAGAGUCACUGCUGGAGUUUGACGCCGACGCUGACGACACCCCCUACGAAGACUUCAGCAACGUGGCCUCCAAGUACGGGGACCGCAUGCUGGCCAACAUUUGCAACGAGUACAGCAAUUUCCUCAGCAAGGCGCCCUUCUCCACCGAGUCGCUCAUCUGGGAUCGGAAGGACAAGAAGCUGACCCGUGCCGAGAAGCGCAUGGCCAAGAAGGGCUACGAGGAGGAGAAGAGGCUGAGGGUGUCCUACUCCCGCCCCUCCUACACCGCCUUCUAUCCCAAGGAUGGCAGCGCGUCAAACAGCAGUGUCUCGUCUAGAGGGGGCAGUGUCGUCCAGUCGACUUACAGUUUGGCCGGCCGGGGCCCACCCCAGUUCUUCAGCCGACCCAUCACCGGCAUCCACCCCAUGCAGUCCACGCCCGUCCCGCGGUUCCACCCAGGCUUAAUCCCAUCCAGCCACCAGCAGAGGCUUGCCGAACUGCAGCAGGCUGGAGUCUCCAUGCAGAAGAUCGUGGCUACAACUGAUAUCGUCUUGCCUGGUGUCAACACUCACACUCCCAGUCCUGUCAUCAAAGCUGGCCAGACAGUCACCUUCAUCAAGACCCAAAAAGGCUUGUACCUGCGCACCACCGAUGGGCGGAUCCUGGCCGUGCGAGGGCCCAGUGGGGCCCAAACCGGCAAGGCGCUGCCAGGCAUGCCCACCUUUGGACAGUAUGCUGCGGUGGCGUUGGGAAAGAAUGAGUCCAACUGGGGCGGCACCAACAGCAUGGGAGGAAUGCCGAGUGGCGGUGGCAGCGGUGGGAUCAGCGACACACUACCCGUCUCUGCAGAAUCCGGCGACGAUAAACUGUCACAGGAGGGAGACAGUUCCAAUGCAAACAAACCAAGCUUACAGCAUCAGAUAGACAAGAAUGACUGUGCUGACUUUGGGGACAUUCCCCAGCAGAUACAGUUUACCUCCCCCAGCAGUGCUUUAGGCCCAGCCCAUCAGCUGGGAUAUCCCCAAAGCCUGCAGUCUCUGAACAGCUUGGCCUUGGGAGAGGUUCCACAGAACGCUCCCCAGGGGUCAUCAUCGCCGAGAGAUUCUAGACCCCAUCCCGCCAGUCUUGGUACCAGCUCAUCAUUGGUCAACAUACCUACGACAGCAUCCGUUCUGUCCUCAACUGGCCGGCUUGCAUCCGUUAUGCCUGCCAACAGCAGACUGCUGUCACCGCAAAAUACUCCACUGGUGGCCGGCACAGUGCCAUAUGCAGCCAUAGGCAUGCUCGGCCCCCGGCUGCCUGCUCCCAUGUCUGUACCACCGUCUGUCACGACGCCUGUCACACCAUCUCCCGCCCUUUUGUUGCCAAAGCAGUCCACACGUACGGAUGCCAACAUUCCAUUGACUUUGAAUAACCUACUCGACAGCGAGCCGGUCAGGAAUGCCGGCAGAGUAGACGUGCCAGCCAGCAGUCGAGCCGCGGAGGAAAGUGCAAUUGUGACUGUGGAGUCCGACUGACGAGUGGAAUUUCAAGAGGCUCAGACGAGUGUCAAUCUUAGGUCCACUUCUGUUGAACAAGUACGAAUCACUGAACAGGAAUCAGCGGAUUCUGAGGUUUGACUACGUGGAACAGCACAUCCGCUGAUUGCAUACGGGCUCAGUAUCUGACACCAGACAAAGGAUAAGUUGGCAGUUUUUUGAUUACUGAGACCAAGUUUGUGCAGUACUCCACUUGUCCAGCCUCAACAUCUGAAUCAGCAGCCCUUGCAUGUGUACCGGAGGCUCUCCAUUCUCACCACCGACAAGCACCUGUGACUGGCAUUGCGUCCUCCGCAUUGGGGGUGCGCGGACCCAAUACAUCCGCUCAGUGUCCAGCCGACAACCAGAUGAAGUAGUACUAACGUGCCCAGACUUAAUACAUUUGACAUUCUGGAGCAUUUUCAUGCACUUCAGUGUUGCCGAAGAGAUCAUUUAAAAAAAAAAAUAAUCCUUGCAGAGGGAUUUCUGUGAAGAAUUGUGCAGCAAAAAGUAAUUAUUUGUGGGGGUUGUUCUGGUGAUACACGUGUACUUAAUUAAGUCAAGGAAGACCGAGGAAGAGGUACAAGAAGUUAAAGACCCAGACCGGGAGGAAUCUACUUCAGUUGAAAAUUGGAAUUAUCUCUGCAAGAUUACCAUAAAGCUGUGAGACAUUUUUGAUGUGUUUUCAAUUUUUUUUUAGUGCAGACGUUGACUUCUUUCUCAGUGAGAUGGAUUGUUGGCAAGCCAUAGCCUAGGGUCAUAUUUCUUACAUCGGAGAGCAGGUCUCAUCUGCGUAAAAUGUCUCUGGUACUGCCAGUGACCCAGAACUUCACAGAUGUGAUCUUCACAUGCAGACAAAACAGUUGAACUUGAAGUCAUCUUUAUCCUUUUAACGACUUGCAACCAGGCAUGAAGUUCCACUCUCUCAUCUCCUGGGCAAAAACAGCCGACAGAAUUGAACCAUAGAGGUGGUGCACUUUCACAAGUGAACAGCAACUUUCCUAUGAACGACAGUUGUAUCAGCUUCAAUCAGCUUACACCAAGUCACUCUAAAUAAUGAGUAGAAACAAACAACCGACAUGCUAUGAUGUAGGCACUGAAGAAUGCCUGUACCAACACUGAGCUGGACCAAAUAGCUAGGCAAAUACGUGUGCCAUGCCAAAAAGCAGCAGAGAACCAGUUGCAAGGAAUAUAGUAUACUGUGCAUGGCACUGUGGUUGGUUACCUGUUUUCGUUCAGCACACAUGAAACUGGGCUGAGGGAUGUUCUGUUAUGCAAGACAAAAAAUAUUAUUGUGCGCAUUCAGUCGAAAACUGGUCACACAUCACCAGUGUUGACAUGCUCAUGAACUAGAGGGAUGUGAUUAUUCUCCUAGCUCUCACAGGUACUCCACACAGUGCUACCUUGCACGUACUGGCGCCGUAGUUCUGGGGCUACGUCUGCAUGUAUUGAAUGACAUAUUCAUUAAAGGGGACAGAUUUUUGUCCCUGCAACAUGGUCCCAACUUUAUUAACCAAAGAAACUGAUCCCCUCAGGGCAAGGACAGCUAGGCUGCAGGGCCCCAGCACCAGUUUCCUUGUCACAAAUGCUUCUAUUGCAGUGCACAUCACAGGAAUGCCAUGGAGCAUGGAUACUGUAAAGUUUUUCUUUAUAAACGCAUUGCUAAUAACAAGCUUGAAUGAGAUGGAAUUAUGGCUUGAUCAGUCGAAAGUAAAAAUGAUUAAUUUAUUUGCAAUGUUAAUAUAUGUCCACUGAACCCUGAAGGCAUUUUUUUCUUUUAAAAAAGUAACAACACAAUUUUUGUAAUCCAAAGAAUACGCUAAGUUCUGCCUUCACAAGUCUAGAUAUAUGUAUUUCUUUCAAAGAUGGUGCCCGCUUUCAUGCACACUUUGUGCAAGAUCUCCAGACUAGUUUGUUUAUAUCCAAACUUUGAAAUAGCUCUUAUUUAUUUGUAAAUCUUCAGUGGUUAAUACAUGUUUUAUGUAGUUGUAACAUUUAGGGAGGGAUGCAAGUGAAUUUCUGUUGAAUUGGAACGGAUGGGAAUGUGCUGUGGGGUCAAGAGUAUGGAGUGUAUAAAAAUGACCAGUUUCUCACGUAAGAUCUUCUGUCACAAUGAGGUCAGAGUGGACUGCUUUUGUUUGAUUGCGUCAUGUGGCAACCUACAGCAGGGCUCAAAAUGAACGGGCGAGGUAGCUAAAAUGUGCCCAUUUGUCUCAGAAAUGCGCCCGUAAAUCAUAAAGACGGGCGCAGGUGCUUACGCCCAUUUGAUUUCAUUAUUGUAGUGAAAAAUACAUGUACCUGAACAUUU